CCAGUUGAUGGAAGGCUAAUCAUGAUUCUGAGCAUCGAUGGAGGAGGUAUUCGCGGCAUCAUCCCAGCCAAGAUUCUUGAAUUCCUCGAAUCCUAACUCCAGAAAUUGGACGGCGAAGAUGCUAGAAUUGCCGACUACUUUGAUGUAAUCGCAGGGACGAGCACCGGAGGGCUGAUGAUGGGCAUGCUGACGGCUCCCGAUGCUAACAAUCGCCCUAUUUAUGCAGCUAAAGAUAUUGCUCCGUUUUAUGUACAACAUGGGCCUAAGAUUUUCCCACAGAGUGGAUUGCUUGGAUCGAUGGAUGUAUUAGUGGGCCCCAAAUACAACGGCAAGUAUUUGCAAGAGCUAAUAAGGGAGAUUUUAGGGCAGACUCGGUUGCAUCACACGUUAACAAAUGUUGUGGUCCCAUCAUUUGACAUCAAGCUUAUGCAGCCCACCAUCUUCUCCUCGUACGAGGUCUCUCGCAAUCUAUCUCUUUGUUGUUUUUAUAAUCUGAAGGAUUUGGUCGAAAUCGGGGAAUGCUUGUUGCACUCUCCUUUCUCAAGAGUGAAUCUGCAGAGAGGAAAUUCUGAGUCUGUUGUUGGUGGAGGCACAAAUCGUGAUGUUUUGAUUAAGUUUGCAAAAAUGCUCUCAUAUGAAAAGAAAUUCCCAUGAACUAGAAGGAACCUCAUAAUUAACAUAUUGUAGACUGGUUUG